AUGUGGCGCUUUCUCUCCACUCUUCCGUUUUAUAUCCUCAGUCUGCCACCAAAUGCCAAUGCAGCCACGUAUAAACCUGUUCUUCCGCCUUCUUAUCCCCUCGCAGUCCGAAACCCGUAUCUCUCAGCAUGGGUGCCAGGAAAUCAGGUCGCGAAUCUUCCGACUGCAACCCCACAAUUCUGGGCGGGACAGGAUCUCUCCUGGAGUGUCCUAACUAGAAUCGAUGGCACCACGUACAAGAUAUUUGGUGCUCCUGCUGCUCUCACCGGCUCGGUCGAUGCAUCACUGGUCAGUGCCGAAUACACAUCGUCGCAUUCCUUGUUCACCUUGACGGCGGGUCCAAUCACUGUCGUCCUAGACUUUUUCUCUCCUGUAUCGCCGAAGAACUAUUUGCGACAGUCGCUUCCUUUCAGCUACUUAACUGUUUCGGUUUCUGGAACGGCGAGUCACGAGAUCCAAGUCUACUCGGACAUCGAUGAAUCGUGGACUGGUCAAAGUGGGAACACGGUUGGGACAUUCAAUUCGUCAUUUAAAGAUGGGUUGUCCAUAUUUGAGCUCUCUGUGAAUGAAGCCUAUCUCUAUUCAGAAAAUUCCGAAAGUCAGGCAUUGUGGGGCGAGAAUGUGUUUGCGUCAAAACCAACAUCGUCUUCAAACCUUUCUUCUGAAGCGGGAUCAGCUACUUCUGUCCGAGAACGCUUUGCUACGAAUGGCACUCUGUCUGGAGCAACGACCUUUAGUGAUGGAUAUGUCGUUAGUCUUGCUCAUGACCUAGGCUCUACCUCGAACUCGUCCGUGACCUUUGUUGUCGGAUAUGUCCGAGAAGCGGCUAUCAAUUAUCUCGGCAGUGCCAGAACCGGAUACUACAGAGCUUCAUAUCCAGAUACUGGGACGGCAGUCUCGUACUUUCUAGACGAUUAUACUUCUGCUUAUUCCGAGUCUUUGGCGUCCGAUGCUACAUUGGAACAGAAAGCGUUGGCAGCAGCAGGAUCAAAUUACUCAGACAUCUUGCUUCUGACUACCCGUCAAGCAUAUGGAGGGGCUGAUAUCACCAUUCCAAACGACACUCUCAACACGACAGACAUCAUGAUCUUUCUAAAAGAGAUUUCGAGCGAUGGGAAUGUUAAUACACUUGACGUCAUCUUCCCAGCAUUUCCAAUAUGGUAUGUCAUGUCUCCUGAUUAUAUCCGAUAUCAACUCGAACCUGUUCUCCAAUACCUUGAGACUGGCCUUUGGACACAACUGAGCUCAAAGUCCUUCUGCAUCCACGAUAUAGGUACUCAUUACCCCAAUGCUACUGGCCAUAACAACCAAAUCGAGGAAGACAUGCCUGUCGAAGAAAGUGGGAACGUGAUCCUCCUCGCCUACGCCUACGUCCAAGCCACGGGCGAUCUUGCCUGGGCUGAGAAAUACCAAAAUCUGUUCACGAAGUACGCCAACUUCCUUGUGACAGGUGGGCUCGACGAACCUGUUCAACUCGCCACGAACGAUUGUUGCGGCCCUCUAGCCAAUCAGACCAACCUGGCCAUCAAAGCUGCAAUCGCUCUGAAUGCUUACGGGAAGCUAUUCAACGCUUCCUCGUAUUCUGACACUGGAUUGUCGUUCGCCAAUGAACUGUAUACCAAAGGUCUCGGUCUCGAUAGCGAGAGAACGCAUUUCAAGCUCCAAUACGGGACCAACGUAACUUUUGGAAAUGACUCCGAUUAUGCCGUAGUGUUCAACAUCUAUACAGACAUCCUCUUCAAUUUUCAAACCUUUCCAGCCUCAACGUACACUAUGCUCGCAUCCUACUAUCCUACUAUCCAAGGUGUCGCUGGUGUCCCUCUCGAUUCUCGCGUUGAUUGGAGCUCUACAUUUUGGACUAAUUGGGCAGGUGCUGCUUCUCCUGGAAAAGAUAAUGAGACAAGGGAUCUGUUCAUCAAUGAUGUUUGGAGCUACAUGACAAACGGAUUGAACACACCGCCUUUCAGUGAUAGAUGGUUUGCUGUUCCCGGGAGUGGUGGAUUGGUUGGGGGGAGUGGAGACCUAAUUGGAGGUUAUGAUGCUUGGAGGAAUCGUCCUGUGGUGGGAGGUCACUUCGCAGUAUUGGCACUGGAAGGAGCAGACCAAUUUUGAUGGGACAUGAUCUUUGGAGCUUUCAAUUAGCUACGUAUAAUUGCAAAGUUCUUCGUUCUACACUAUGAUGAGGGACUUUUGAGGUAGUACGUGACUGAGACACUCGCCUCGCUAGCCGAGCAUUCCGCCACUCCCUACAUUCAACAAACACCAAAAAGAAUGGCAAAAAGGUUCAAGGCCACUACGCGAGCGCAGCAGUCUCUAAUCCUUUCGAGAAUCCGAAGAUCCUCUGUUCUGUGAUGUGUGUAGUCAGGAAGUUGCAGACAACUUCAAGGCUUAAGAUCUCGGUGCAAGAAUGCUACCUUGAUCGGUGGUCUUGGGAGUCAGCUCAGGAGAGCUGUUUUCUCGGGUGGUAAAGCCGAGACUAACCUGCUGACAACAAGAGGGGCUAUCGGUGUGGUCAAAAUCUGCUUAUUAGAAACUAUACGGGAG